UUUUCUGCUUUGCCGAACAGAGCGUGGCUGGGAGGCGAGAAGGACGUGCUCGGCGUUUGCUUUAACGCAUCUGAAAGGCAAGAGAUUAUGACGCAGAUGCAAGCCUUUGGGAGAAAGUACAUUAAAGCCUUUUUGAAAGGUUUUUUUGUGGCUGUUCCUGUGACUAUCACUUUCCUCGACAGAGUGGCUUGUAUAGCGAGAGUAGAAGGGGCUUCAAUGCAGCCUUCACUGAAUCCGGGGGAACAGCACGUAUCCGAUAUUGUGCUUUUAAACCACUGGAGUAUUCGGAAUUAUGAGGUACAACGUGGAGACAUUGUUUCACUUGUGUAAGUAACUUUAAGCAAAUUGCAGCAUGUCUUUGUUUUCUUCUUUAUUGAUGUGUGA